AUGAUAACUAGUGUAGUACCAAUAACACCUGAAGGUUUACAUUUUUUUCAUAUUGCACUCGAUAUACUGAUUAUUGAAGUAUAUGGCCAAACAGAAUCGACUGAAACUGCAACAAGCACGCAUGCAACAGAUUUAUCAUUUGGAAUGACUCGCUCACUUUUAGCUUCUAUUGAUUUACAACGAUUAGCUGAAGAAUAUAAAUUUAAAUAUUAUGAAUGUAUUAAAAAUAUACAUUAUCAUUCUGAUUUAUUUUCAGAAGAAAAUAAUCUUGUUAUAUCUACAUUAAAAACAUGUAGAACAAAAGCUCGACAAUAUUUUCAAACUAUAAUUCAAUCACUUUAUAAUCUUGAUGAAAUAAACACAAAAUAA